GCAGACGGGCAGACCAACCAGCGUUAUAAGGCAAGCGUCCAGCCAUAGAGAAGAUUCAGAGGGAUUGGUUGGGCGCCACGAGAGGAGGAAGGCAAAAGGCACAGAGAGGAUUGGAGGAGGUGAGAAGAAGAGAAGAAGAUACCCAGCAGCAAGUCAGGGUGGCCAGCAAGGAGGAACGUGAAGAACUGAGAAAGGCAGAGAAACUGUACUUGGAGAACUGGGAAGAGCUGGAGGGGAAAGAGGGCAGUAGACUGGCAAAAUGAGUGACCCAAACUAUGAGAAGAAGUCCAGCAACUGGCCUGACCCUCAGGCUCCACCACCCUUCUCUGAAAACCAGCCGUUUGAGUCAGAGGCUGAUCCGCUGGCACCUCCUGGUCAGCCUCCACCCGCCCCGGGCUAUGGGUCAGCUCCCUCUAUGCCACCUCUUUACCAAGCUUAUUAUGGCCCACCAGAUUCAGGAGGCUACCAAGGUUCGGCUCAAACCCCACAGGCCAUCUUCAUUGUGCCUCCUCAGCCCACCAAUGAGCCCGAUCACCUGUACUACUCUAUCUUCACCAUGCUGUGCUGCUGCCUACCUCUGGGCAUCGCUGCCUUGAUUUUCUCUAUAAAGACUCGCGAUGCCAACCUUGCUGGAAAUGGAACAGUUGCUCGGCAGCAUUCCCGGACAGCGCAGCUCUUGUCCCACCUGGCAGUCGGGGCGGGGCUCACAUUCAUAUGUCUGUAUAUCAUCUUAACUGUGGUUAUGUUUAAGGCAAGAAGUUAUGAGCUACAAAACCCCUGAAGAUGUGUGACACGGCGUGCAUAUCCUAAAAGAUCUCCCCUUCUCUCCAUCCUACCCUCACGCACAGAGAAAUUCUCCUCUGAUGUCAUGCCCUUUUGAAUCGGUCC